GGUUCCUCUCCAGGUUUUCAAAUUUGGCAACGACAUCGACAGGCGAAGGAGAAGUCUACCAAAUAUCCAUCCACUCAGGCCCUUUUCACCAGGUUCAACAUGGCCACGCCCAAUCAAACUGAUGUCGAGGCGCACGGUUCGAAAACUGUGUCGAAAACAGAUGAAGUUACCGCGUGCCAACAUCUGGAAAUGGGGGUGGUAGCCGUGUCUCAUCCGGACGUACCAGAGACUGGUCCAACAGUUGUUGGCGAGAGCAUGAGCCCGGCAGAGGUUAAUUACCUCGAUCGAAAUGCCAUCACUGUGGCCCGCUUAGAUGCUAUCGAGAAGGAACUUAACCUAACCUCGACCGAGUAUCAGACCUGUGUCUCCAUUCUUUUUGUUGGAUACAUCCUGGGACAAAUACCGAGCAACAUGUUGAUAACAAGAGUCAGACCAUCAUUGUUUUUGGCUUCGACCAUGGCUCUUUGGUCAAUCGUCAGUACCGUGACGGGGGUGACGAAAGACUUCAAAGGCCUACUUUUGACUCGAUUCUUCCUUGGCAUCACAGAGGCGCCAUUCUACCCCGGUGCUCUGUAUGUGCUUGGAAUUUUCUACACCAGAAAAGAGAUUGCAACAAGAAUAUCGAUACUCUUCACGGCCAACAUCUGCGGCACCGCUUUCGCUGGUCUCAUAGCCAUCGGGGUCUUCCAAAUGGACCAGGUGGCCGGUCUAAGCGGAUGGCGGUGGCUCUUCAUACUCCAGGGAGUGAUCAGCUUCGUUAUUUCCGUUUCAUCAGCUUUUGUGUUGCCAGACCAACCGCUCGACACUCGCUGGCUAACUGAAGACGAACGAAAGUUGGCGCACUCUCGGGUAGCAGUCGAUACGGUCCAACUUCAUGCGAAUACCAGUAUUUGGGCCGGUCUUGCUGAAGCCUCUCGGGACCCUCGUCUUUGGGUCCUGGUGGUCAUGCAACAUUUGCAUCUCAGCGCGUCGGGAUACAAAAACUUCUUCCCGACUAUUGUCGAGACACUGGGCUUUGGUCGAAACGUCACGCUCGCUUUGACAUGCCCCCCUUACCUUAUUUCUGGCAUUGCAACCAUAGCAUGGGCUGCCAGCUCGGGGCACUUCAAUGACAGAGUCUGGCACAUCACCAUUGCCAAAGUUGUCGCAAUCUUUGGUUUCGUGUUAGCCUGCAGUACUUUGAAUGUCGGUGCUAGGUACUUUGCCAUGUGCACCUUCGCAAGCGGUGUGUAUGCAUGUAACUCCAUCAUUCUUGGUUGGGUAACGAGCACUUGUGGGCAGACAAGGGAGAAGAAGGCCGUUUCACUCGCGUUGGUCAACACCAUAGCCACCAUCGGGUCAAUUUAUACCCCAUAUCUCUGGCCAGAAUCGGAUGCACCUCGGUAUACCACGGCCAUGAUGUCUAGCGCUGCGUUUUCUGCAGCUGCUGCGAUUAUGGCAUGGCUCUUGAGGUGGAUGUUGGUUAGAGAGAAUCGAAGAAUUUCCCAUGAAGGCAAUCGGGAUACGCUCCUCUACAGUUACUGA